UCGGGGGGUGGUGGGGGGGACGACGACGACUCGGCGGUGCCCUCUCGAGCGGCGGCGGCGGCGGCGGCGGCCGUGUCCCCGCGGCGCCGGGCCGCCGAGCCUCGGAGGAGCGGCGGUCGUGGCUGUUGCAUGUGUGGCUGCUGGAUGCGGAGGCGGCGGCGGCGGCGGCGGCGAGGAGCAGCAGCAGCAGCGGCGGCGGCGGCAGGAUGUUAGGGCAGCAGCAGCAGCAGCAGCAGCAGCAGCAGCAGCAGCAGCAGCAGCAGCUGUACUCGUCGGCCGCGCUCCUGACCGGAGAGCGGAGCCGGCUGCUCACCUGCUACGUGCAGGACUACCUGGAGUGUGUGGAGUCGCUGCCCCACGACAUGCAGAGGAACGUGUCGGUGCUGCGGGAGCUGGACAACAAAUACCAAGAAACUUUAAAGGAAAUUGAUGAUGUCUAUGAAAAAUAUAAGAAAGAAGAUGAUUCAAACCAGAAGAAACGCCUACAGCAACAUCUGCAGAGAGCGUUAAUCAAUAGCCAGGAAUUGGGAGAUGAAAAAAUUCAGAUUGUCACACAAAUGCUGGAAUUGGUGGAAAAUCGGGCGAGACAAAUGGAGCUGCAUUCACAGUGUCUCCAAGAUCCUGCUGAAAGUGAACGGGCCUCAGACAAGGGGAAGAUGGAUUCUAGUCAACCUGAAAGAUCUUCUAGAAGACCUAGAAGACAGCGAACCAGUGAGAGCCGUGAUUUAUGUCACAUGACAAAUGGGAUUGAAGACUGUGAUGAUCAGCCCCCGAAAGAAAAGAAAUCCAAAUCUGCUAAGAAAAAGAAACGCUCCAAGGCCAAGCAGGAAAGGGAAGCCUCGCCUGUUGAGUUCGCAAUAGAUCCCAAUGAACCUACCUACUGCUUAUGUAACCAAGUGUCUUACGGGGAGAUGAUAGGCUGUGACAAUGAACAGUGUCCCAUUGAAUGGUUUCACUUUUCAUGUGUUUCACUCACCUAUAAACCAAAGGGGAAAUGGUAUUGCCCCAAGUGCAGGGGGGACAAUGAGAAAACAAUGGACAAAAGUACUGAAAAGACGAGAAAGGAGAGAAGAGCGAGGUAGUGAAGGCCAUCUGUGUUUUAAAAGGGUUGUUUGUCUUUUAUAGAAUUGGUUUAAUUUCAGAAAAUGUUUUAGGAGAAAUGCAUAAGACUAUGCAAUAAUUUUUAAUCAUUAGUAUUAAUGGUGUAUUAAAAGUUCUUGUACUUUG